AUGGUGCCGGCGCGACGAAUUGAAGCCUCCACCAGAGGGCUGAGCCGCCUCGCCGCCACCGCCCACAGCCGGAGCAGCAGCCACGUCGGGCCAGUGCCCCAACCCACGCCGCCCACCGGAAAUUGCCAGAUCUGGCCGGCGCGCACCGCCACCACCGCCACCAAGUUCCUGUUGCGCCGGUCUCCUCGCUGUCAGCAGCCGCCGCCCGACGUCCAGGGCGCCGGGACGCGCCGCCCGCAGCCCUCGCCGCAGGAGCCCCGUCGCGCCAGAUCCGCUGCCACAGCAGGGCCCCGCGCGACCCACCACCAGUCGCGCCGCCGGCCACACGGCCCCCACCCAGCGCCACCAGCACGCCAGGCGACGUCGCGCCGCGGCGCCCGGCACCCGCGCCGCGCCCCCAGCGAAGAGAAGGGCCCGCGCCACUCCUCUUUACGCGGGGGAACCAAAAGACCCCGCCGCCACCGGCCCGGGCGAGCUUUGCCCGGCCAGGCCCUCUGGCGGCGGUGGGGGAGGAGGAGGGAGGAGGGAGAACUCGGGGGCGGCCGCGCCGGAAGCCCUCCCCGCCGCCGCACGGGGGCGGCGCGGGGAGGAGAGGCUAGAAGGCCGAGCUGCUCAUUCUCCCUCCACUUCCACGCACGUUCACAAGCGCCUUCGUCUCUCCCUGCAGGCCUUUUUUGCAAGGAAAACGGCAACAUGGACCAUGCAACCGUGGUGCCGAGUUUGUCAUACCAUUUAUUGGAUCAGAUGACAAAUGGUUUCUCUGAGGACCGGGAACUUGGCAGAGGCACAUACGGGAAAGUCUAUCUGGGGUUGCAUACGAAUGGGGAGAAGAUUGCUGUGAAGAUGCUUCAUCCCAUGCUAGGACUUGAUGAUGAGCUAUUUGAGAAGGAGUAUCACAACCUUGAAAAUCUCCAACACCAGAAUGUUGUGCGUUUGGUUGGCUAUUGCAAUGAAACUCGACGGGAAUAUGUGCCAUACAAUGGGAAAAUGGUACUUGGUGAAGUGACACAUAGGGCUCUUUGCUUCGAGUAUAUGCAAAAUGGAAGCCUUAAUGAUUAUCUCUCUGAUGAAUCUAGUGGACAUGAUUGGCACACACGCUAUGCAAUAAUAAAAGGAAUUUGCAAGGGUUUGAAAUAUCUUCACGAGGAAUUGGAACCUCCAAUGAUUCAUUCUGACUUAAAACCAGCCAAUGUAUUGCUGGAUGAGAACUGCAUGCCUAAAAUUGGCGAUUUUGGAUUGUCGAGGCUAAUGGAAGAACAAACGCGUAUCACUACAACUUCUGUAGGAACAAUUGGGUACUUACCGCCGGAACAUAUAAAUGGUCGUGUAAUUUCUAAUAAGUUGGACAUAUUCAGCUUGGGUGUUAUAAUCAUAAAGAUAAUAGCAGGACCCACGGGCUACUCAAAAAGUGCUGAAAUAUCUUCACAACAAUUCAUUGAGCUUGUACAUAGAAACUGGAGGAAUAGGCUACAGGCAGCAUCAGUGAAUGCACUGGAGUCCUAUUGCAUACAAGUAAAAAGGUGCACUGAAAUAGCUUUAAGUUGUGUGGAGGUUGACCGACAUAAAAGGCCGACUAUAGGAAACAUUCUUAAUGAGCUAAACGAGACGGAAACUUCAAGUCAAUUUCCUGAUGCGUUACUAAAGGACCUUGAGCCAACAAAGAACCAGGAAAGCCAGCAAACUCACAUAACAGAAGCAGAAGAAAAACGGGAGAGAGAAGAACUAAUCGAAACAACAAAUUGCUUUGGCGAAGUAGUCGACAACUGCAAAUUGGAUAAAAUGGCGAGGUACAUGGGCAAACACAAGACACGGGAAGACCGAGCACGAGAGGCAUGGAACCUGGUGGACGAGCAUGACAAGGACGACGAAGCUUUCAGGUAUGUCAAGGGUCUGAAGUCCCUGUACGGCAAUGGACAGUCAACGUUGUGCCGUUUGUAUAAUGCCACCGGAGACACCCUCUACCAAGUCGCCAACUACGACUGGUCUGGCCACAUCGGCAGGGCUCCCUACCCAGCUACUAUUGGCAACGGCCAGUGGGCAGCAUUUCAUCACAUCCACCGGGCCGGCGAGUCAUCAGGUUCGGUAGCCGCUGUCGUGUACCGUGGGAAAAAUAAACAUGGCCAAGAUAAGGAUUACAUAGUUGCCUGGAGUACCCCAUGUAGUUUGUGGCACCGAAACAAGGCUUAUUGUGGGAUCAGUGAUGUCAGCUGGUUUCAAAAGAACUUGGAGCAGCUUAUGUACAUCAUUUCCGAUGCUGAUUAUUCUUCUAGCCACAGAUCGGGCGGGUGUGAGAUUGAAGCAAGAAUUGGCAGAGGUCAUAGCCCUAAGUUUACUGCAAGAAUCAGCUACCGCUGAUCAGCCAUCUCCAGCAUUGUGCUAGGCUUACUAAGUUCACUUGUCGUGAUCACCCUAUUGCAUCGCUAAUCGUGGCCUGUAACCAUUGCAACAACUGCAUUGUCCAAGAAAUGUAUGACCUGCACUGUAUGUACCAGUAGAGAACCUCUUGCCAGUUCCCACUUCCCAGGGAUGUUAUUAGGAAUCAGAGGCCAAUUAUUACAAAUUUUAUGAUCCUCACGGGUUUGUUAAAUUCUGGACAAACUGCGCAUAAACAGUUCAAAUCACACAUGAAACAGAUUUGGAUUGUCCUUUUAAUCAGGGAGGCCAGACUAGCUGCGAAGUAAGGCUCUGCCCAGUGCCGACA